CUAAACCUCUUUCAUUUUCGUUUCGUGUCCCUUUUUGGCGGUUUUGAGCCUCUCGGUUUCGAACAUUCGCACGAAAAUCUCUGACGCCUCUCUCUCUCUCUCUCUCUCUCGAGCGCUGAGUCACCCUCCGAGCACGGUUUUCGCGGAUCGCCGCUCGUUCAGCUCCGCUAGGUUGUUCCGAUGCUCCGUGAUCAGGGUCAACUGUACAAACUGUAGCAUGAAAUGGAUCACAAAGCUCAGUUGUGUAAGAACUUUGUCAACAUGAAAUCCCAAAGGGUGAGAUUUGAAGAAUCUUUUGCUCCUGCACUGGAUGAUGAAUCUGAGACGAUUGAGCACUUACUAGCAGAACCUAAAACAGAAUUUGUUACAGUAGAUGGUGUCUUGUGUUUUGGCAAAGAGAAUGUAGAAAAAUGCUUGAGCUUUGAUGAUUUUGCUUCUGGAUUUGACUAUGGACUAAAUACAUUCACUGGUGGGCGUCAUUCUGCUCAUCCUCGCGGGUUGCGUUCUGCUCAUCCUCGCCAAGGAGACUAUGAAUUAGAACUUGGAGUUCUUGAUGGAUUGCUGGAUGAAGUUGAAGAAGUGGAGGAUAUUCAUGCAACAAAUGGCCUUGCAAGUCCAUGUGAUGAUUUUCUUCUAGAUAUUGGAUUUACAGGGAAAGAUACUGUGCUGGAAUUUGGUCCUCAUGAAAGAUCACAUUGUGGAAACACUGAUAGUCGGUCCCCAGGGUUAAGUGGCAGUAGUAAUAGUGUUGUAGGAGUUUCUGAAUCGUCAACGGUGACAAUUCAAGAUUUUGAGUGCAAAAAUCAUUCUCAGCCCAAGGAAUCACCUCAUAAGUUUCUUUGUGACCUCAGGCAGAAAAAACGACGUCAGACACCAGUUGAAGGAAGUACGCAGCCUAGUUCAUUCAGUUUUCAAAAUCUUAAAGAGUUGGAUAAUUAUCGGAAACCUUUAGGAAAUGGAUUAUGUUCCAGUGAAAUUGACAAGAGUUCUGUUGAAGCAAACAAAAUUGGUGCCAUUAUUAAGAAGAGAAGACUGCCUAAGACUAAGAGAUUCGUUGAAAAUUCUUCAAAAAGGAAAGCAAAAAAUUUUGUGGCAAGUGAUAACAUUUCUCAUCCUGCUGCUACAGAUGAUCAGUGCUCGCAUGCUAGAUCUCAGAGUAAACUUCUUACAAGACCAAGGACAUUGUCAUCAGUUCCCGAGGAGGAUUCAAUUUCAGAUAAUCUAACACUGUCUGAAUUCAAGAUACGGAUAGCACGUCCAAAGAAGCAGGCAAUUCCGACUGAAUUUCAACCCAUUACAUCUGAGUCUGAAGAUGAAAUUGUGAGAGUGACGAUACGAGAAAAGCAUGAUCAAGGGAAUAAUCAACCUAUUAAAUCCAAGUCUGAAGAUGAAACGUUGACCACGAAGCUAUCCAAAAAGCAUGAUAGAAGGAAGCAUCAACCUACAAACUCUGAGUCUGCUAAUGAAACUGCGACAAGGAGAAGAUCUACAAGGAAUAAUCAAAGGACGCAUCAUCCUGUUAACUCUGAGUCUGAUGAUGAGAUUCUGGAAAGGAAAAGAUCUAAAAAGCAUGAUCGAAGAAAGCAUCAAAGGAUGUGGGAUAUCUCUGAGGUGAUGGCAUUGGUUGAUGGUAUUUCUGAGCAUGGAGUUGCACAAUGGACACGCAUACAGAGGCUUCUAUUUACAUCUUUUUCUCAUCGUACGCCUAUGGAUCUCAGGGACAAAUGGAGAAAUCUUCUGAAAAAUUGCUGUAGCAGGAAACUGAAGAAAGAGCUUGAAGAAAAGGAUGAGAAUGACAUGCAUCUACCAAAGUCACUGAUAUACCGAGUCCGUGAGCUGGCAAAGAAACAUCCAUAUCCAAGGCAGCGUGGUAAAAAGUGUUCCCCUGCCAUACUCCCUGCUGAAUAUCCAAAGCAGCGUGGUAAAAAGUGUACCCCUGCCAUACUCCCUGCUGAAAGCAAAGGUGCUUCAUCGGACCGGAUCAUAAAGUAUGUGAGAAAGAAGAACCGUUCUUGAAAUUCUCUGCUGCAGCAACUCCAUAGUCAGGACUACUUUACUUGUAAAAAGUCUCUAUUGGUAUUAACAAGCUUCUCAUUAACAUCCUGUUCUCAGGUCCCCAGAAAAUAUGAAUACAGAAUUCAGGCUGUCAGCCCGAGUGGGUCGAAUUUUCUUUUUGAAUCCCGUUGGAAACUAGAUAAAUAUUUCAGACAAAAGGGGUUAUAUUUGGCAUUGAUGCAUGUCUUUUCUAGGAUUUACUUUUGGGUAACUUGCAAACGUUGUUGCUGGACAAACUUGUAGAUGCUUAGAAUUUAUAGGUGUGAUGGGCUGUUGAUUGUUUGACCCUGAAUCUACUGCUUGUUAGUGCAUUUCUGUGUUCUGUAUUGAGUGUUCCUUUUGGCUUAAGAAGCCUUGUCUUUCCAGAAUACGAUACUGAGCAAGAUCAUCGUUGCC